AUGAAAGGCGGGAAAAGACCCGUCCUCCCCAAGGCUCCUCGCGCCGUCGCGAUCACGGUGAGCUGCUCCGCCAGCAGCUUCGCCGAUGUGAUGCGGCGGGCGAGGAGCCAAAUUGAUUUGGGAGAGCUGGGGAUCGGGGACCUCGGGACCAGGAGGGCCGUCACUGGCGCCCUGGUCCUCGGGAUCUCCGGUCCCGAAGGACACGCCAGGGCGGAUGCCCUAGCCAACAGAAUGGCGGCCCUCUUCGCUGACAAAGGGGACGUACGCAUAGCGCGUCCCGCGAAGAGAGCCGACAUCCGGGUCCGCGACCUGGACGAUGCGGCCACCGUGGAGGAUGUAGUCUCCGCGGUGGCGGUCGCCGGGGGCUGCAGGCCCGGUGAAAUAGAGGGGAAAUCCGCUCUGGACCCGACCGCAUGGGUCCCUCUGGUUGAGGUGUCCCCUUGCGGUCACUAA